UCGGAAGUUGCUUUGUUUUGCUUCAAGAUGGCUGCGGGGAUGUAUUUGGAACAUUAUCUGGACAGUAUUGAAAAUCUCCCCUUCGAACUGCAGAGAAACUUUCAGCUCAUGAGGGACCUGGACCAAAGAACAGAGGACCUGAAGGCUGAAAUUGACAAGUUGGCCACUGAGUAUAUGAGUAGCGCCCGCAGCCUGAGCUCCGAGGAAAAAUUGGCCCUUCUCAAACAGAUCCAGGAAGCCUAUGGCAAGUGCAAGGAAUUUGGUGACGACAAGGUGCAGCUUGCCAUGCAGACCUAUGAGAUGGUGGACAAACACAUUCGGCGACUGGACACAGACCUGGCCCGUUUUGAGGCUGAUUUGAAGGAGAAGCAGAUUGAGUCCAGUGACUAUGACAGCUCUUCCAGCAAAGGCAAAAAGAAAGGCCGGACUCAAAAGGAGAAGAAAGCUGCCCGUGCUCGUUCCAAAGGGAAAAACUCAGAUGAAGAAGCUCCCAAAGCUGCCCAAAAGAAGUUGAAACUUGUGCGCACAAGUCCUGAGUAUGGGAUGCCCUCAGUGACCUUUGGCAGUGUCCACCCCUCUGAUGUGUUGGAUAUGCCUGUGGAUCCCAACGAACCCACCUAUUGCCUUUGUCACCAGGUCUCCUAUGGAGAGAUGAUUGGCUGUGACAACCCUGAUUGUUCCAUCGAGUGGUUCCACUUUGCCUGUGUGGGGCUGACGACCAAGCCUCGGGGGAAGUGGUUCUGCCCACGCUGCUCCCAGGAACGCAAGAAGAAAUAGAUAGGGGCCUUGGACUCCCAUGGUUUCUUCCACAUCCCUGGACCUGGGCUAGUGGGGAGAGGAAAGCCUGUGCUGGGGCCCGGGGGCUCCGGGAGAGUGGAUGGCGCAGUGUAGUCAUCCCUUCUCCUCCCCUCUCCCCACUCCUGGUGCUGAGGCUGCAUCCAAACCCUGGUAGGGAGGGGUGCCGCAGCCGCUAACCGUCUGUGCUCUCAUUCAGCCUGCCCCCCUCAGAGGGAAGUGGUCUUGCCCAUUGUCCUUUUGCCUCUGUGCUGAGGUUGGUGCUGUAUUUCCAAGGGAUGGUCCUCUUCAGUCCCCUUACUUUGUAUUUAAGGACUGGGGCAGUAGCAUGGGGGCACUCCCCAGCUCUCCUGAUUCCCUCCCCCUGUGGGGGGGCUCUGGUGUGAUAAACUCUCUUUGUUCUCUUCCUGCUUUUUCCACGGUAGGGGAUCCCCCAGAGCAUCUGGGCUGUGGCCUUAGUUGAAGGGGCACCCCUUCCUCUGUGCCAAGAGGAUUCAUCCUGGCCUUGUGAGUGGGAGAGGGGGCAAGGUGGAAUGCACAUACACAUGUGUAAAGGAAUUUGAGUAGGUGAAUAAAAGCUAUCCAUGUUGGCCUGCUGUGUUUAUUGUAGAGACCGUAUUUCAGUACGUGUGCUACACAUUUUGUUUGCAUCCUCUGGGUUGGAUUAGAGGUGGGAGGAAGUAGAACAAGACAUGAAACCAGAAGCGAUACCUCUGCACCAGAAUCCACAACUUCUCACCUUGGGAAGGGCAGGGAGUGCUGCAGCCCGGGGCUUUCCCAGACUUUUAAAAUUCUGCAUCUUUUCUCCAUAAAACAUCUUUCACUUAAUUUCCAAUAAACGUGUAUGUGUGUGUUUUAUGCAUGUACUAUUAUACUA